CGCGAGAGCGGGGCGGGGCGGGCCGGUGGCGGCGCGGCGGCGGCGGCGGCCCCGAGGAUGCUGCGGCUGCGCUGCAAGGCCCGGAGCGGCUCGCACGCGCUGCCGGGGCUGUCGCCGCACUCCCGCCUCCGCGACAUGCAGGCCGCGCUGGCCGCGCUCACCGGAGUGCCCGCGCCCGCGCAGCGCCUCCUGCACGGCUUCCCGCCGCGCAGCCUCGACCUCAGCGACGGCGAGCGGCGGCUGGGCGAGCUCGGCAUCCACUCGGGUGACACUCUCAUAGUGGAAGAGGACACAUCCAAACCCGAGCCUGACUCGCCGGUGGUGGCCAAAAAAGCAAUGUCCCAGCCUGUCAGGGAAGCCGUGCCUGUGCUGGCCCGGAGGGUGGUGCCAGCAGACAAUUCCUGCCUGUUCACCAGCGUGUUCUACGUGGUGGAGGGCGGCGUGUACGACCCCGGCUGCGCUCCGGAGAUGCGCAACCUCAUCGCCCAGAUCGUGGCCAGCGACCCCGAGUCCUACAGCGAGGCCGUGCUGGGUAAAACCAACAGGGAAUACUGUGACUGGAUCCGCAGGGAGGAGACCUGGGGAGGAGCCAUCGAGGUGUCCAUCCUCUCCAAGUUCUACCAGUGCGAGAUCUGCGUGGUGGACACGCAGACCGUGCGCAUCGACCGCUUCGGCGAGGACGCCGGCUACAGCAAGCGCGUGCUGCUGAUCUACGACGGCAUCCACUAUGACCCGCUGGAGCGCCGCCUGCCCGGCUCGGACCUUCCUCCCCAGACCAUCUUCCCCAGCAGCGACGACGUGGUGCUGGCGCAGGCGCUGGAGCUGGCGGAUGAGGCGCGCAGGAAGAGGCAGUUCACGGACGUGAAUCGCUUCGCCCUGCGCUGCAUGGUGUGCCAGAAGGGACUGACGGGGCAGCUGGAGGCCAGGGAGCACGCCAGGGAGACUGGACACACCAACUUCGGGGAGGUGUGAGCUCGGCGGGAGGAGGGUGCCAUCGACUACCUCAGCGCUCCGGAAUCCAAUUCUGGAGUCCCCAGAUAAGCUGUUUGUAAUCAUAAAAUUCCGUUCACAGAGCUUGAAAAGCGAAUUAACUUCAUGGUGGCCGAGGCGCAGGUUUGGGAAUAGGGGAUUGGGAAUAGGGAUGGCACUUGGGCAGGUGGUGGACAGUGGCAGCCACACCUUGAUUUCAUCACCUUCUCUCUGUGUGUGUGUGUGUGUGAUCUGAGCAGACAGACACAGCCAGGCUUGUCCAACACUGGUGUAAAAUCCACCUCUGAGGUGCUGAAUGUACAUUUUCAGGGUAAUUCAAUUAAUCUGAGGCUUUGGGAAACACACAUGUCAGCAUCACUUACACUGAGAAUUAGGCUUUGCACUCACACUGAGAGUUAGGCUGAGCAGCUCUCGGAGGGGAGGCUGCUCGUGUGGUGCGUGAUUUGUAAUGGAAAUAUCAAGUACAAUAGCAAAAUACAAGUUGUAGUGGAAAGAGGAUCUCUGAGCUGCCCUGUACCAUCAGGAAUAGACUGUGUAGUUUGUGUGCAGAGAACUUUAGGGAAAGCAAUGGCCUCUAAGCUUUAAGGUAGCCUUUAAAUUAAUGAGUAGAUGAAUAAGUGUUGAAUAAAACUUAUUAAUCCUCCGUAGGUAGUUUUUAGUUGCUUGAAAAAUAACUCUUAACCCCCCAGUGUUUACACUGCAUCAGAGCAUAAGCAUGUUUCCUGGAAUACUUGGGAUUCUUCAUAAUUGCAUUGAAAAUUCCUGCAAGAGGGAAGUGAGUAGUUAGGGAAGUGACUUAAUUUGCAUCUGUUAAAUACAUUGAGUAUUUUACUUGAGUAGAGCCAAUCACGGCCAUGGUGUCACUAAGCUGUUCCAGUUUCCAAAUACUGUGAAUGAGCACUUUAAGGUUGAGUUCUCACUCUUUGCUGGUAAAAAGUUUUGCCCUCUGGAGGCCAGAGCCAGAAGGGAGGCUUGAAAUUCCAUCUGCUUUCUGCCUUAAUGUGUUUGAUUUGCCACCGCUGACUGCGGAGUAGCAAGACUUUCAUUGUGAUAAUGAAAGGUGCAGCUGAAUAUUCAGAUGAAAAUAAGCUGGGAAAAGUGCCCCACUCCUUGGACUGUUCCGAAUCAGGGAAGGUGAAAUUGGUUUAAUUGGAAUAUCUUACCUCACAGUGGGGUUGUGAAGCUUAACAGCGAAGGCUUUCAAAAGGUGCUGUAAAGGUGCAUAUUACUGAAGGGGAUUUAUGUUGUUUUUUUUUUUUUUUCUUUGAAAUGCCUGCAACAUGUCCUUAUUUCUUGAAUUUUAAUAUAUCCUUUGCCUGCCAUUCUUCUGUUAUUGUUUUGAGUGACCUUCCUUGCACUUUUAGACUGGGGAACAAGAAGGGGUGUCCUUGGACUGAGGCAGAAAUAUAAAUCCACUUUCCACGUGGAACCUAAAACCCAGUUUGAAAGGGCUCUGUUCCCUCAGGCACUGACCAAACUGGUGCAGCAACACCACCUUUUCUGCAAAAAUCAUAUUUCUAGUUCUCAGCAGAGGCUCCAGUUGGAUCUUGAAAUACAGGAGGGUUUUAUUGAAGAAAGAAGAUAAUUACUUAAGUGCUUUGCUGAAUUAAGGCAUGAAUAAUUAAACAGCCUAGGAUCACCCAGAGCACUAUGGACUGGGUUUGUUUUUAAUUCAGUAUUAAAAAAACACAUUAGCACUGUUGGGAGUUCCCUACAGAAAGCCACUUAGCUUCCAGUGUUAAACCCCACUCUGCUUUUAGCCUGUCAUUAGGAAAAGAAGAUAAAAACCCCCCAAAACCCAACAUUAAACCCAACCCUGUAGAAGCUGAUGCUUAAAAACCUCCAGAAAUACCUGACAGUUCAAAGGAACUUGAAGAUUACACUGUGUUAUAACUACUUGAGCUGAAAUACUGGCUAGGAAGGAGACCAAGAGACUGGCAAGCCCCAGGUGUGCUCUCAGCUGUCCCAGGGAAGCAGGGACGUGCCUGGGACAAGGAGCUGAUCCUCCCCUUUGCCAUCUGCCACAUGGACACAAUACCUACCUCAGAGAGGUGCACGAGGUGUCUUUGGAACACAAGUGGAAGAUCCAUAUUUAUUGUCUGCCUUGACUUUGGGGAGCAACCCUUAGAUUUUAGCUUUGUGCCCUGGAUGGAUUUCUCAAAGUGUGUAAUACCUUUUUUUUUUUUUUUUUUUCCCUGCUAUUUCUCAGUUGCAGUAUUUGAAAAAUGACCUUUAUUUAAUCCAGAGUGUUGAGCUUUGCUAGAUCAUGUUUGCAUUGGGAAUCUGCUAACAGAGAAUCAGUUCCCUUGGAGGGAGAUGUGUCACUAUCACUGCUUGGAUGUUCUCUUUUGUUGCCUAGAAAAUAAAAUCUCUUUGAUUAAAAAAGA